CAUCCAUUAUCUACGCACAUUCAGACGCCACGACAGAAGAGCAGUUAGAAAGCAGACGAUUCAUAUCAAGUUCGUGUUCGUGUUCGUGUUGUGUGAAUUUUUAGUUUCGGUUUCUGUGGUUUUGUUUUUUUAAAUGGGUGACUUGAUGGAGAAGGCAACGAGUAAUCUAGCCCUUGUCGAUCUAAGCAAACACAACUUCCACCGAACCCUAGAUUCUCUCCAGGAAAAAGCUCAUUCCCUUCUCCUGCUUUCGAUCCAAUGGAAGGAGAUCGAAGGUCAUUUCGAUUCAACGAAAAGCCUUCUCGAAGAGAAGGUGAAAGAGCUUCGAGCACUGGAGGAAUCACUCAAUGGCCGAGCUAUGGAACUCGAGAACAAGGAGAAGGAGCUUUCUGCAGUUCACGACUCGUUCGAAGCCAGAGUGGAUGAGUUUGAGAAGAUGGAGGUGAUGUUUCACUCGGAGUGCAAGGAAGCUAUGGAGAGAAAGAAGGCAGAGUUUGAAGGGUUUACAAAGAGAAUCGAGUCCUUGGAGAAGGAACUAGAGCAACAGAGAGAUCUGCGGCAUGAGUUCGAGCCACUGGUUUCACUCUUGGCUAAAGACACAAGCCGGUCAAGUGCUAUAAAAGGUCUUGAGAAUGGUUUGGUUAAGAGAAACCAAGCCUUGGCGAGAUUGAUUCCGUGUCUAGACCCUGCAAAGCUUGUUUUGGAUGCUAUACAAGAGUCUUUCAAAGAUUUUAAUAGUGAUGGCGUUGUUAAGAGUUGCAUCGUUUUGUUGGAGAAACUGAUACAGAUGAAUCUACCUAUCACACGUGAGGUGAACCAGGAAGCGACUCAGCUUGGUAUUAACUGGAUAAGCAAGGCAAAAGCUAACACAAACAGUACUGACUCUUGGGUGCUAUGUUGCUUGUUGUUUCUGGCUGCUUACGGUUUGGUCUCUGUGACUACUCCUGAGGUGCUUUUAAAACUUUUAGAGCGGUUCCUUCUGCAUGAUCAGGCGCCCAAACUGUUUCGGCUUCUGCGGUUACAAGAUAGUGUUUCUGGUGUUGUUGAAACUCUGAAGAACAAGGAAGAGUACUUAGCGGUACUGAGAUUCAUCUGUGAGUUCAGGUUAUACAAGCUUUGUCCAGGAGAGAGACCUGGAUCCCUUUUGCAAGAGUACUUGAUUUCCUCAGAUAGAGCUGCUCGACUACCUUUUGGAACUGACAACUUAAUGGAGGCGCAGAAAGCGAGGAGGGAGAAGAUAAAAGCUGAUGCAACCAUGGCCCUUGAGUGCAUCCUAGAGAGGAAAGCUGCGCAUAUGUUCCCUCCUAAGAUUCUUAACAAGCUCAGUCUACUUAAGAACGGUGAACCAGCAGCCAAGAGAGCAAUGGAACCAGUUCAUAAAAGUACUGAGAGAAGACAAAACACAACCAACGCUGUAGGGAAACUUAAAGCUGAAUCUGUCACUCCAUAUGAACAGAAGCAGCCUGAAGCCAAACGACAAAGAUUAACCGAAACCACAGCUCCUUCACAGCCAGAUGCCAAAGAAACUCAUCCAUCAAGCUCCGAAGCUAAGCCAAACAAUCUCUGUAGCUCCAUUAACCCUGACAUGUUAAGGGAGUUACUAGAAAAGAAACCUCUAGAGCGUGAUCUAUCCAAUGCUUUCAGAUGCACAUCAGAUCCAGCAAAGCUAGUUCUAGACACAUCUAUGUCUCUAACUCCUACAAACCCUGAAGGAGGCCACCAGUUCAAGCUUCUAAUAACUUCAGAUAGCUGCAACUUAUUGUUGGACCAGCUGAAAAAGCUCCAAGCUCAAAUUGGAAACCCUGUAAAAGGAGAUGCAAAGAAACUUGCUGUUUACUGGAGAGACAAGAUUACAAAGAAUAAGACUGAUGAACUUGAAGUCGUUUGUUACCUGAAGUUUCUAGGUAUCUUUGGAAUAGUGUCAGAGUUCAAGACCAGUGACCUUCUAACUCUACUGGAAAGUUCUUAUUGGCAAACCGUAUGUCCUGAUCUUUGCCAGUUUCUUGGUUUGGACAAUGCCAUCACAGGUUUCAUUCAAAACGUCAUAAAGACUGGUCAUCGUUUCAAGGCAGUUAACUACAUAUACUCAUUUGGUAUGGUUCACAAGUUCCAUCCUGUUUCCGCUAUUAUAAACGAUUCACUGAGGAUUACAAAGGAGUCUGCAGAGAAGGCGUUUAGAGACGCAGAGAACGAACCUGCAUCACAGGUUGCUGCCAUAGACAGGCAGAUCAGAUCACUAAGAGCCGGCAUCAAAUGCAUAACGCGUCACAAACUCGAAUCAGAGUUCCAUCUAGGAGACCUAGAGGAGAGGAUCAAGUCACUUUUGAAGCUUAGAAGAAACGUAUGUGGUACGGCAGAACCACCAAGAUUAUUAGCAGGGGUUGGUUCUGUCAGCAGCAGCAACAACACACGUUUGGAACAUUCAACAACAGAUGUUUCCUCCUCUGCGAGCAAACCGGAUUCGAGAGGACAAAAACGCAGUCAGAGCUCAGUACACGUUGCUUCUCACGCAAGCAAUCACUUUCCUGAACAUGGAUAUUCACUAAAUCAGAGACUGGCUUGGCCGGUUGAUCAUUACAGCAGAGGUUUCAACUCUGACUACAAUCACAACCGGUGGAUACAACCAGAGGGACCUCCUCAGGAUAACCAAUAUUAUCAACAGUAUGAUCCUUUUCACAGGAAUCAAUUCUAAGUGUAUUAUAGCUUCGUGUGUGCUUUCUUUUUGUUGUUUGCAGCAGAUUUUCUAAGAGUCAUGCUCUUUACUAAUCAUUGCAUCAGUUCUUUUUAAUCAGAUAUUUAUGGGCUAAUCAUUGCACUAGAUCUUUCUAAUCGACAUGUC